UCCUACUUGGGCUGGUUCAUGUUUAUCAUGUAUGUUUUCUCUUCUAUGAAAAUAUUGUUGGCUCAACUAAGCUAAAACCUUGCUGUGGGAAUGUGGUUAGGUUAUGAAGAAUACUGGCCUUGAAGAACUGAUAGAAUUAGGUUCUCAGAUCUUUGGGACUGCAUAUCACGGAAAAUGGAAAGGAAUCUAUCUUCAGUUGUUUUUUGUUUAUGCAUCAAGGUGAGAGAUGACUUUUGGAAUGGGGAAAUCAAGCUGACAGACUUGCACCAUCCAAAUGUGGUAGCUUUCUAUGGUGUUAUGCUAGAUAGCCCACGAGGCUCUGUGGAAACAAUAACAAAGUAUAUGGUUAAUGGUUCUUUGAGAAAUGACAUGCAGAGAAAUGAUAGGUUAUGUGUUUAUGUAUUUAUCAUAAAAUCUUUCUCCCUUAAAUUAAAGACACGCCAGGGGGACCUGCCAUUGCUGCAAGGUCCAUUAAAAGUGUGCAUCUCUGUUUAUCAAGGUCACAUGGGUGUGUCAUAUGCCUUAUAUGCCAUGUUAAUGCAAAUAUACAAUUAAUUGUUCAAAUCUAUUUGUUUGGAAUGA